CUCUCAUCCAUCCUUCACAUCCCUACAAGUGCACCCCGACCCUUUUAAUUGGUCGAGGGUUGAUAUUAUUAAAUAUCUGUCUCUUUCCGCCUUUUUCUUGCGUUCGGCCCUGCGUGUCCGAGAUUCAUCCAUCGUUCGUCGCUUUGUCGUCUUUUAAUUGGGAAGAAAAAAAAUAAAAAAAUAAUAAGGAAAAGGCGCCGGCUUUGGCUUUUCUGAUGUGCGUGCGUGCCCCGGCAGCAUCAACUAUAAGCGAACCCCUAGAACAGAGGCACCUCUAAAACGCCACCGUUUUCACGCUUAUCAUUAGUAAUUUUUUCGCCACGUCCGGUGACACUCCGCUGCUCCGCCGCCCUAAGCUGCCAAAAAAAAACAAAAAACAAGGAAAACCAUGUCUUCCUCACCCGUCAGCCAAAACCAGCCCCCGCCCUACUCACCCGUAGAUGGGAAUGGCUUCUCCCAACACAGGGAACAACACCAGCAGACUCAGCAAUCAUCAUCAGAGCCAGAGGACUUUUAUAGACCCGGUUCUCAACCAAGAGUGAAUACCGUGAAUACCGAUCCAGCGUCCGACAUGGACCACAUCUCUCCCGUAUCUCCAAGUUCCCCUGCAGACUCACAAGCGCCCAUAAUGGCAUCUACGCGUGAACAGCAACUUCAGGACGCCGUGGUUGGAACUGCACAGGAGUAUCCUCCGCCGCCCCUUCCUGUGGCGGUUCUUCCGCCUCCGACGGUUCAGGAGUACUCGGAGCACCUGAACACUUCGCAGACGGUUUAUGCCCCCGUGAGUGCUUACUCCACCACGUCGGGUGUGGUGAACGGGGAGAUUGGCGCGGUUCCCGGGCCAACGCCUCGGACUCCAAGAAUGGUGAUGGCGGAUGGUGGAUACGCUGUGCCGAUGACGCCCUUGACGCCCGCUUUGAAGACUCCAACGUUUAAGGAGGAGGCGGAGGUUUCCAAGUAUGACGAGAAGGUUCGGAAAUUCGACAAGAAGGAUUUGGCUGUCAAGCUGAAAGUCCGUCUGGCUAAGAUUUUCCUCCGGGGUAUCAAUUGUGCUUGUAGUCUCGUCGUUCUCGCCCUUAUCGCUUCAACUUUCGCAAUCUUCAAUGCAACCAAAGCUCUGCCUCCUCGUAACAAUCUUCCACCUUGGGCUGUCAACACCCCUCAAUGGCCACAAAUAACUGUCCUGUGUAUCGCUUGCGUGUCCCUGGUAAUCUCGCUCUAUAUCAUGUAUUCUUACUGGCGGGGCGGGCACAAUCGGGCCGAGAAAGUUGCUGUCUACUGGACUGUCUUUGCCGUUGGAACAUUCAUCUUCACGAUCGUAAUUUGGGCUAUAGCAGCGGGCAUCAUGCAGGGUAGUCGCAACAGCUCCGAGGGGAAGGAUUUGUGGGGAUGGGCUUGCAAGGACAAUAAUAGACGGAAACUUUUCGAGGAGGAGGUUAACUAUCGUCUUGUUUGUCGUCAACAGGAUUGGGUCCUCGUUUGUGCUAUCAUCGAGAUCUCGGUUGAAUGCGUCUCGAUCGCCGUCUAUGCAUUCGCCUUUUACAGACUAACCUCCAAGCGCCGCCUCCGUAAAUCCAUGGAUAUCCGCGACAAGGCACGCAGCGAUUUAUGGCUCGCCAAGCUCCACGAACAACAAGCCGAGGAGGCCGCCGCCGCGACAAACGACCCGGAGACGAAUGCAAACACCGCAUACAACAAAUUGACAUCCGCCACCUCACCCCAGGAGCUGGAGGAAGGCCGGGCGGUUCCAGUGCUCAUGAGGCCCCCUCCGGGGCAUUACGCCACGGUUCCACAUAAGGCACCGGAGGUGGCUGGAGGGGAUGACGCGAGGGGGAUCAAUCCCAGCGUUACCGUCACCCCUCCGGGUAGUUCACAGGGCCCGCAAGAACUGGGCGUCGAACCUCCACUACGAAGUCCAGCAUUGGCAAUCGGUGCGGUUCCACCGACGCCGCGGUCUGUCAGCUUCCAGGCACCACCACCUGGAUCAAGGGGAAGUAAAUGAAAUAUGAUAUAAAAAAAGAGUUCAUUUUUUCCCUUUGUUACGCGUGUUUGGAAUUUAUCAUAGCGGAAGACAGCUCCUUCAGUGGAACUGGGGUGGAGUUGUAGGUUCUCUUUUGUCAGCUUUUUUCUUCAGUUCCUUCUCUUUUCCUUGCUCUUUCGAUUUCUUGACGUCAAUACAUUUGGUUCAACCUUUUCUUUUCUUUUUCUCCUAUCUCGUUUUAUCUCUUUACUUCCUUUCUGGAUUAUCCGGGGAAAGCUCAUACCCCUCUCCACAUUCCAAGCCCCAAAAUUUUGUUCAAUUUCUUCCUCCCUUUCAUAACGCUCGCACUCUAUUUGGCGGGGUCUCUAUCUAUAUUGUACGAAAACUCUGAAGACGAAAAACAGCCACAGAUUCUGCUACUCCUCUCGAGAUGUUGUGGGAUGGGUACGUGCAUUAGGGUCGACGUGGGUGUAAGGUGCGGUGACGUUCUUUUGAAUAUGUACUUGUAUUUUAAUACUCUCCUUUUUGAUAUAUUUUGGCGGGGGGGGGGGGGGGUAUGCGGGAAUGACGAGAUGAUGGUUGAUUGGUUCGCGGGGGGGUGGUAAAAUUGGUUGGUAGGGAUUGUAUAAGUUAAGAAUUUAUGAGGAUUUUAAAUUGGG